AUGAUGCACACAAUUAUCUCCCUUUUCGUGGCCUUCUUGGUUGCUUUCGGCUUAGCCCAGGAACUUACGACCUCAAUCAUCAAGGCCUCACCCUCCUCGCUCGGUCCUCACUCUCCCGUUGACACUCCCAGCUCUCAUAUCACCGACAAGCGUCAAUCUUCUGGUUCCGGCUCUCUCUUCGACGUGACCCCUCACUCCUUCUUUUCGUCCUCGAUCGGAGUUCUCGGCUGCAAAAUCAACACCAACCGCGUAGCCUACUGGCCCGACGAAGUCGACUGCGACAACCUCUGCGUCAAGCUCACCAACGUCACCGCCGGCCGCAGCGUCACUCUCCUGCGAAUCGACCACUCUGGCGGCGCCCACGACAUCAGCUAUGAUGCGUGGAACUACCUUGCCACAGGACAUCCUGCUGCACCUGGCACCGCCAUUGCCGGAGGCGCCAUGGGUGAGGUUCACUACCAGUACCUUCCAGCGGACAACUGCAGAUCUCUAAUCACCGAUGGCUCGGGCAAACUUCCGCUUAUGGGCGCCAACUCCAUGAACUUUCUGUCGUCUUGCCUUUCUCGCGAUACUUGGGUGGGAAAGAAUUACCAGCUUUGGAACAUCAACGAUUCUUUGUGCCAUAAAGGUUAUGAUGAGAAGUGUACCUUGGCUGCUGGUGCCAAUCAGGCUACCUGUCCGCAUGCCUUGGGUAGCGGUGCUGCGGUCACGAUCCCUAACCCGACUGAUCACAAGGUUAUGAACAUUGAGUACCCGACUGGAAAGGAGGUUCCGGCCUAG